ACACCCACUUGUAAUGUGAGUCUGUUGACGCGCCAGCGCCAGCGCCAGCUCAGUGGUUUGUGGGUUUGGAGGAUGGGGGUGCUCGCCCACCUCCUCGUCGUCCUUUGCAUCGUUGCCGUCGUCGCCGCAGCCAUGGAGCAGCCUUUGCCGCCGUCGCCACCAGUGGCAGCAACGCAGUCCAAGCCGCCGCAGUUUGGGCGGGCCAUGUCAAUGGUCAUCACGGUGAUCGGCGUGGCCAUCGGCGUCCUCUUCCUCUUGCUCUUCUUCUGCGCGUACAUCACCCAGUGCCGCCUCGUCGAGGACCACGACGCGGCGCAGGGGAGCAGCGCCGCGCCGGGAGGGAUGUCCAGGCGGGGGAAGCGCGGGCUAGACCCGGCGGUGGUGGCGACGUUCCCGAUCGUGCCGUACAGGGAGAUCAAGGCGCACAAGAUCGGCAGCGGCGCGCUGGAGUGCGCCGUGUGCCUGACGGAGUUCGAGGACGCCGACGACCUCCGGCUGCUGCCGCACUGCUCCCACGCGUUCCACCCGGACUGCAUCGACCCGUGGCUUGAGACGCGGACCACGUGCCCUCUGUGCCGCGCCGACCUCGAGAAGCCACCGCCUCCGGCUGCCGCGCCGGCGCCCUCGUCGCCGCCGGAUGCCGUCGUGGCGAUGCCGGUGCAGGAUGAGCCGAAGGAGGGCAGCGACGAGGACGACCGGAAGGAGGAGGCCGCGGAGCUCGAGAAGCUACGCAGGGAUCGCCGGGCGGCGAAGCUGCUGAGGUCGCACUCGACGGGGCACUCGGCGGGGCAGUGCGGCUGCGAGGACCACGAGAGGUUCACGCUGCGGCUGCCGCAGCACGUGAGGGAGGAGGUGCUCAACAGGUGCUGCGCGAGGCCCGCUGUGGAGAGCUUGAGCGGAGGAGGGUGCGCUGCGGGAGAAAGAGGAGGCAGCUUCCGCGACGCCGGUGGAGCCAGCGGUGGCGGCGGCGGCGAGUGCGGCCGCGGCGAGCGGCGGUGGCAGGCGCUCCUGGGCAGGACGAUGGCAUGGGCCGGAGCCGGGUCGAUGCGGAAGGUGCGGGACGGUUCCACGAAGGAUGACGUCGCGGCCUGCACGACGGCCAUGCCGCCAUGACCCCGGACGACGUCGACACCGGAACGUUUGGUUGUGCUCUUUCCGUUGACACUGAUGGUGUACAUUCUUUUUGUAAUUCCGUUUGGUGUGGUGUGGUGUGGUGUGGGAGGCAAUUCGAUCAGUUGCGUGUCCAUCAAUUGCUCUCGGUCAGCCAUUGCUUAAAACAUUCAUGCAAAUAUAGUGUAAACAACGCAUAUGGACAGGUUUGUUUGCUUAUAAAAAAUUGUAUGGAGAAAAUCGUGCAUGGCAUGAAUAUGACCG